AUGAGAGGGUCCGAUCGCCUGCGAGAAAAUAUUGCAUUGUUGUAUAACAACCCCAAUGUGACAAAAAAUAGCAUCCUGACGACAAAUGGAGGCAUUGUCGCGAAUCAAAUCGUUCUUCAGUCGCUUUUGUCCCGCGACGACCACAUUAUUGUCAUGUAUCCAACUUAUGAGCAACUUUAUCAGACUCCUCGAAUGCUCGGAGCAGAAGUGACUCUUUGGAAGCUUGACCCUUCACGGGGUUGGGGGUUAGAUUUGGCCUUUCUCCGAUCAUCAAUAAAGAAGAACACCAAGAUGAUCGUCUUGAACAGCCCGAAUAAUCCGACCGGAGCCUAUUUGUCACUUGCAAUGCAACAUGAUAUUGUUCGCGUUGCUGAGGAACAUGAUCUCAUCAUAUUCUGCGAUGAGGUGUUCUAUCCACUUUUCCGUCUUGAGGAUGCCGAUUGUCCCCGAUCUUUUCUUGAUCUUGGAUAUGGAAAGACAGUCGUUAUCGGCUCUCUUAGCAAGGCCUAUAGUCUUGCGGGAACCAGGACGGGGUGGAUUGCAUCGGCAAAUAAAGAGAUCCUCGAAAGGAAUGCGGCCAUGCGUCACUACACCACAAUCAGUGUUUCCCAACUUGAUGAGGCAAUCGCAGCAGAGGCGCUCGCAGACCGAUGCCGUCUACCUCUGCUCCUCCGCUCAAGCACCCUGACAGGGACGAAUAUCCGAGCGCUGGAAAAAUUUGUUGACGAGCACGCAGAAUGCUCGUGGACAAAGCCGUUAUCAGGAACCACUGUCAUGCUUAAAUUUGCACGGGAUGGGAAACCUGUCAAUGACAGAGAGUUCUGCCUCCGGUUACUAAAGAAGCAUGGUGUUCUUCUUUGUCCUGCUAGUAUAUGUUUCGGCGAUGGGGACAGUGGUGACUUCCGGGGAUAUGUUCGUGUGGGUGCUGCCAUUGACACUGCAGAAAUGGAGGGUGCCUUGCAGGAAAUGAGGAAGUUCAUGAGCGAAGAUUUUAACGCCAUUCCACUGGCGUAUUGA